CUUUAAACACCCAAGAGAACAGCAGACAGAGGCUUGAGAGUGCGAAAGACAUGGCGUCAUCAACGAAGGCAGCCCGUUUGGGCGAGGAAGUCUGGAAGACCCGAGUAGAUAAGGUCAGCGCCGAACUUGUUACCCUCACAUACGGCACGAUCGUCGCGCAACUAUGUAAGGACUACGAAUAUAACUAUCCUGAGGUAAACAAGCAACUGGAGAAGAUGGGCUACAAUAUCGGGAUACGGUUGAUUGAGGAUUUCCUGGCCAAAACGAGCGCACCAACCUGCACCAACUUCCGGGAGGUUGCCGAGAUGAUCUCAAAGGUCGGCUUCAAGAUCUUCUUGAACGUCACACCCACCAUCACCAACUGGUCCAGCGACAACAAGCAGUUCUCCCUCGUCUUCGACGAGAACCCCCUUGCCGACUUUGUCGAGCUGCCUGACGACGGUCGCGCGCAGGAUGAGCUGUGGUUCUCAAACAUACUGGCCGGUGUGCUGCGUGGAGCAUUGGAGAUGGUUCACAUGCAGGUUGAGGCACAUUUCAUCAGUGACGUUCUUCGAGGCAACGACACCACUGAGAUGCGGAUAUCUCUGAUCCGCUACAUUGACGACGAGAUGCCACCUGAUGACGAGUAAGGACGAUGCUUUUCUAAAGGCUUUCACGUACCCAGCUAGGCGCAGGAGCCUUUUCCACAGGAGCGGCAUUUGCAAGCGAUUGCACACGUAGGCGAAACUGUAGACGGCAGCAAAAGAGAAGGACCAAGCGCUCUCAUAGACAGCUUGUCACGACAGUACGAUCGACUCCAGGAGCCCAAGUCGAUAACCUCCCCAGGAAACACGUCUCCGAAAGAGCCAAUCGACAAUGAGCAGUAUCAGCUGGGCGUGAGUGACAGCAAAAAAACAACUUGGCGUG